AUGUCUUACAACAAGGCCGAAAAGGACGUUGGCGAAGGCCCCAAGGCCCACAAGAUCCGCAUCACCCUCACCUCCCGCAAGGUCAAUGUCCUCGAGAAGGUGUGCACCGAGAUCCUCGACCGUGCUAAGAGCAAGGACCUGCGCGUCAAGGGCCCCGUCCGCCUGCCCACGCAGACGCUGAAGAUCACCACCCGCAAGACUCCCUGCGGCGAGGGCUCCAAGACCUGGGACUCGUACGAGAUGCGCAUCCACAAGCGUCUCAUUGAUCUUCACGCCCCUACCGAGGUUGUCAAGCAAAUCAUUGUCAACAUCGAUGCCGGCGUCGAGGUCGAGGUCACUAUUGCCGCUUAA